AUGCCUCCCAUCACCUGUCUGUUACAAUUCCUCAGCAAGGAUCCUUCCAAACAAGGCCUCCAGGGCGUGACGGGGGCAAAGGCGACGAUUAUUCCCGUAGUCUCGCCUGCACACUUAUCACUGCAUCAGGCCUCCACCAUUGAUAGCCAGCGUGAAACCCUCCACGGCGUACCGACGCGUAGCCACGAGUCAUGA